ACAUGGCGACUUUCCGGAUAGAGCGCAGAGGCUGGAAAUAUACCAGUUUUUAAACAAGAAAUUAGCAGAACUGACUUUUUUACACAAUGUGGCGGGGUUAGCGCAAGCGACUCUCGCCCCUGCGGUUUUAAAAAUGCUGACGGAGGGGAAUCUGUCCGUUUGGGGUUGGGGGGCGGCGGGGGCCAUCCUCUUCCUGCUGACCUUCGGACCCUUUGCCCUGUUUUACCUGGCAUUUUACCUCCUCUGCUUUGCUGGAGGGGGGUUUGCUGUUGUGCUUUUAUUCGGAAAGACGAACUCGGAGAAACACCUGGAGAAAUGCGAGCACUCGUUCCUCCCGCAAACACACACCGGCAUCCUGAAGACGCUGGAGGAGAUGAAGCUGGAGAUAAAGCCCAUCCGGAUUGACAGGAGAUUGACAGGGUCCAGCUACAUCGACGAGCCUCUGCAGCAGGUGAUCCAGUUUGCGCUGAGGGAUUAUAUCCAGUACUGGUACUACACCCUGAGCGACGACGAGUCCUUCCUGCUGGAGAUACGGCAGACAGUGCAGAAUGCUCUCGUACAGUUUUCCACCAGGUCUAAAGAGGUGGACUGGCAGCCCUACUUCACCACCCGGCUGGUGGACGACUUCGCCACCCACCUGCGUGUCUUCAGAAAGGCCCAGGAGAGGCUCAGCGAGAGGGAGGAUCCCAAACAACGAGAGGCCCCUGAAGAGCUCCUGGACGCCUUCUUCGAGGCGGAGGUGGAAAUGGAGAGGAAGAUUUGCCGGGAUGUGGUGUGCACCUCCCCCAAAGACGAAGAGGGGUUCUUGCGAGAUCUGUGUGAGGUGCUGCUCUACCUGCUCCUGCCUCCAGGAGACUUCCACAACAAGAACAUGCGAUACUUCGUGAGGGAGGUUCUGGCCAGAGGAGUUCUGCUGCCUCUCAUCAGCCAGCUGAGCGACCCGGACUACAUCAACCAGUUCGCCAUAUGGAUGAUCCGAGACUCCAGCUGUAACUACGAGGCCUUCAUGAGCAUACUGAGGCUGACAGAGAGGCCGGCCGAGCUGGAGGCUGUCAGAGACAAAGUGCUGGAGGAGCUGCAGUACCUGCGCUCUCUGGAUACUGCCGGAGAUGACAUCAAUGUGAUCAAGAAUCAGAUCAACAGCUUGCUGUUUGUGAAGAAAGUAUGUGAGUCCCGCAUCCAGAGGCUGCAGUCCGGGAAGGAGGUGGAUACUCUGAAACUGGCGGCUAACUUCGGGAAGCUCUGCGUCAUCCCACUGGAACACAUCCUGGUCCACAACAUCGCCCUGCACUUCUUCAUGGACUACAUGCAGCAGAUGGGGGGGCAGGCGGACCUGUUCUUCUGGCUGACGGUGGAGGGGUACCGUGUGACUGCGCAGCAGCAGCUGCAGGUCCUGCAGGGCUGGCAGCGAGAUGGCAAGAAGCAGAGCAGCCAGACCAAGGGCCUGCUGAAGGCCGCCGCCCUGGGCGUGUACGAGCAGUACCUGUCCGAAAAGGCCUCGCCCAGAGUGCAGGUGGACCAGGCGUCCGUGGAGAGGCUGGCAGAGAAGCUGAACCACGAGGACCCAACGCCAGAGAUAUUCGAUGACAUCCAGCGCAAGGUGUUUGACAUGAUGCUGCGCGAGGAGCGGUUCUACCCGGGUUUCCGGCAGCACCCGCUGUAUGUGCGCAUGCUGGCUGAGCUGGACAUGCUGAAGGAGCCCAGCUACCGCGGCUCCGACGACGGAGACGCAGAGUCUUUCAACGGGUCUCCAACAGGAAGCAUAAAUUUGUCCCUGGACGACCUCUCCAACGCCAGCACUGAUGAGAUGCAGCUGAGCGCCUUCAUCUCUGACACUGGUGUGUGUAAUGACCAUGGGAAGACGUAUGCACUCUACGCCAUCACCGUGUUCCGGAAGAAUCCGGACGGCAGCGAGGACUGCUGGAAGACCUACCGUCGCUAUAGCGACUUCCACGACUUCCACAUGCGUAUCACAGAGCAGUUUGAAAACCUCAGCACCAUCCUGAAGCUCCCGGGGAAAAAAACCUUCAACAACAUGGACAGAGACUUCCUGGAGAAAAGGAAAAAAGACCUCAACGCCUACCUGCAGCUGCUGUUGAACCCUGAGAUGGUGAAGGCGUGUCCCUCACUGACUCCCUACAUAAACGACUUCCUGGAGAACAAGGCCUACAGCAAAGGGAAGGGCGACUUUGCGCGCAAGAUGGACACCUUCGUUAACCCUUUGCGGUCCUCCAUGCGGAACGUGUCCAAUGCUGUGAAGAACCUGCCGGACAGCCUGGCAGAGGGAAUGACCAAAGUGUCUGACAACAUGGGCAAGAUGUCCGAGAGGCUGAGCCAGGACAUCAGGCAGUCCAUAUUCAAGGUGCCACCUCUCAUCCCCAAGUCAGACAUUGACCCAGAACACUGCCGCGUAUCUGCACAGCUGGAUGAUAACGUGGAUGAUAACAUUCCUCUGCGGGUCAUGCUGCUGCUGAUGGACGAGGUGUUCGACCUGAAGGAGAGGAACCAGUGGCUCCGCAGGAACAUUAAAAACCUGCUGCAGCAGCUGAUCCGAGCCACGUACGGAGACACCAUCAACAGGAAAAUCGUGGAUCAUGUGGACUUCCUGACAGCACCUGAGCAGGUGGCAGACUACGUAAAGCGCUUCAGGGAUUCCUUUUGGCCCAAUGGGAUUCUGGCAGAGACUCCGCCCCGCAGAGACACACACAUCCGCAUGAGAACCAGAGUCGCUGCCAAAACCAGCCUGCUGGGAGUGAUGCCAGACGAGUUGAAGCACAUCAUCGGGGCGGAUACGACGCGGAAGGGGAUUCUGCGGGUGUUUGACAUGUUCCAGCACCAGCAGCUGAACCGGCGGCUGGCGUACGUCUUCUUGGAGGGUUUCCUGGAGACCAUGUUCCCACAGUGCAAGUUCCCUGAGCUCUUCGUCAAGCUGCACUCUCGCUCCACGCGCACACACAGAUACUCACACAAACCGAAGGCCUCGCACAAGAGGUGACACCCCCGAACUGCGGCACGCCAACAGCACACCCCCGCGGAGGGGCAGAGGCCCCGCCCUUCCCAGAGCCCCGCCCCGUGUCCCGCCCCUGUCCCUGCGGCUCGGCUGUGCUCAGCUGUAACGUCCCCAGGGACAGCAGACGGUACGCUCUGAAACGCAGGAGGUACAGAGAGGGGAACACCUGACCUCAGGCCUGGGGGAGUGGCGGGGUGGGGGCCCAUCUGACCUGCUCUGUUCCUUUCAAACGCAGCCUAAUUCACAACAGACAGACACUACCACAGAGGAGCAGCCAAUCACAGCUGACCCUGCUCAGAGCAGACACUGCCCGCUCGGCCACGCCCACAGAGAACCACAGCUCCACCGCAGGUCGCUGUGGCAACCAGGAGCUGCGUCCGAGCCAGAAGAAAGCAGAACUGUGUUUCAGAUCGCUCCCGUGAGGGUGGGGGGCGAGCUCACCAAAGCCCUCGUUAGUGACUGGAAUGUGUGAGUGUGUGUGUGUGGGUCUGACCGCAGGAGGUGAGUGUUUUCUGGAAGCAUACAGAGAUAUGCUGCGGAGAAUGUAUCUGUCUGAGCGGCCGCAUGCGCUUCUCAGAGUUUUAUCCCGCCGUGUCGUGUGAAGCAGGUUUUCAGAGACGUUUGUAGCACUAAACUGCAGCCCUCAGUGAGGAAAGUGUGCCACUGGAAGAGGUAGAAGCAGCCUUAACACUAGACACAUCCUGCAAGUAACCUCCCUCAGAGACUGACUGCAUCUGUAGGAAAAACUGAUGUUGAAAAAUAUCCAAAUCUGAUCAUAUUUUCUUCAUAGAAUAUGUAAUUUUGUGCAAUAUUUUUUUUCUUUAAUGCAUGUGUA